AUGAAUGAUAUCCAUCUGGACAGUCAGAUUCCAUCUUCAUCGUGUAUGUCUGAUUGUUUUUGUACAAAUUGUCUUGGCUAUUGUGAUCACUGUUGUUGUACAGUGUCGUCUGCGUUGAAUAAUAAUAAUAAAUGUGAAGAUGAUCACGUCCAGUGUUAUCCUUAUCCUCAUCCUCUUGUUCAUCAUCAUCAUCAUUGUCACCAUCUUACGCCACAUCAACAGCAUUAUCAUCAUUAUUACUCGUGUCAUCAUCACCAUUAUCAUCAUCGACGUUUAUACCAUAGAACUGGUCAAAAUAACGACAACAAUAUCAACAACAACAACAAUAUACCUCAACACUGUAACAGUUCAUCACAUACUAAAAAUAUCCAUCAUGAUCAUCAUCACCAUGAUUGUACAAAUUGUCGUACGCAGAAGAAAGCAGUUAGAAAUUUCCAUUUAAACUUAGUAGAAAGUCAAUACGCUACUCUUGGUCGACUUGAUCAAGUGAUUAGACCUAAUCAAUCUCAAACUUGUAGUAAAAAAGCAUCACCAUCAUCGUCAUCUGAACAAACUGAUUGUUCAUCACCUGUCAUUACUUUACACUGUUUGAAUACACUCACAACAACGACAACAACACCAGCAACAGGAACAGCGACAACAAAACGGUUGGAUAGAUGCAAUGAUACUAGAAGUUUAGUUGUUGUUGUUGGGAAAAAUUCAACAGAUUGUAAUUAUUCAACUAAUAAAUGUAUUCCAACCAAUUUAUUAUUGACUGAUGAAAGGCAGUGUGAAGAAUUAAUUGACAGUUCAUUAAAUGAAAGGGAUAAAACAAAGCCAUUGAAGGUUAUACCGUCGAAAUCGUUUGCUAGUGGUGUUGAUAGUGAUGCUGAUAAGAAGUCACCUGGCGGCAGUCAACAGAUAAAAUCAAAGAAUGAUCCUGAACUGAUUAACCGAAAAUUUGUCAGUGAUCUGAUGCAUUUAAAGCGUACUGGUUGGUACUGGGGUCCACUAUCAGUGGAGGAAGCUGAAUUACUUUUAAAAAAUUGUUCGAACGGUACUUUUCUUGUACGUGACAGUAGUCAUGAUUCAUAUAUGCUGAGCGUUAGUUUCCGUGCCGGUGGUCAAACUUAUCAUACGAGAAUAGAACAUCUAGCUGGUAAAUUCAGUCUGGCAAUAUCAAAUGAUUUGAACGGCAAUAAUAAUAAUAAUAAUGCCUCAUCAAGUGUAGCUGAGUGUAUUGAACGUGUAAUGGCUGAAUCUAUUCAAGAUCGUAUGCAUUUUCUACCUAUGCUUAAUGAUUCAUCACCAUCUAACAGUGUUAAUAACGGUAUACAAUUAUUACAAAAUCAGUCGAACAAUCAACAACCACAACAACAACAACAACCUCAACAGCUAACUAAUUCAUCACAUCUUUUAGAAUCCACACGUCGUUCUACCUCUACACAUAUAAAAGCUUCUUUAUUACAUCCAUUAUCACGUUUUCUUAUUGUUCCAUCAUUGCUUCAUUUAUGUCGUUUUGAACUGUUACUGCAUGUACGACAUGAUCAUAUUGAUCUGUUACCAUUACCUCCGAAUAUAUUACGUUAUUUAAAAGAAAGUAAAUACUAUGCAGAAAUUAUUCCAGCCUAUCUUGAUCUUUUAAGUAAUGGCAAUACAGUUAACAAGAAUUCUACACUACAUUAG